GCAUACCAAACGGCAGUCGUCGUAAAACGAUAUCGAGGAAAAAGCCGGCGUAGCCGCUUUCAGAUUUUUCUCUGCUGCUAGUACUAAAAUUUAGUAACAUCGAAUUAAAAAAAUGAGAACUAUCGACACAGAGAUUAAUUGAAUUUAAAGAUAUCGAGAAAGAUUGUCGAUCCUAUUGAUCAAAAAAAAUGAUCGAAAAUCGAUUUAUUGGCUAUGUAUAUAUGGCGGCCUCUUUACCUCGAUCACGAGGUUAUUCCCAUUUACCUUUGUGUCCUAUUCGUUAAGUGGUGUGGGGGAUCCUCUUACUGGACUCCUGGAACCAAUAUUGAGAGAGAGAGAGACCACAUGAGGUUAAAGUCUUGUGCAAGUAUGGAUGAAUACAGACGUGUUUGGUGAUCCGUGAGUGUGCACGUGCACAUGCUCGCUUCGUUAAUUUUGAACCAACCUAUUUUUGACAAAGUCGUUGCUGACUUGACAGAACGUAAUUUUGGAACCCCCCAUCUUAUCUUUUAGAACGCAUUUUUCUGAAUUCUUAUUCUACAGACUUGUAAUGGUGUUGGGGCGUAAUAUUCUUUGAGUUGUCUAUAACCAUAUUGAAAGAGAGAGAGAGAGAGAGACCACGAGUUUAUCAAGUUGUUUUAUUGUAAUAUUUUUCGUGUAACAUUUUGAGCGAGACAGUAUUCCAGACGCAUAAAAUUUGAUUUUUACUAAGUUAGCAAAAAUGGAGUAUAUUACAGUUCAUGAUCCAGAAAAGGAUAAAGCGAUAAUUCUGUGCUGCGAAUGUGGAACACCGAUUGAGCCAAAUCCUGCUAAUAUGUGUGUAGCGUGUUUACGUACUCAUGUUGAUAUCACAGAGGGUAUCCCGAAACAAGCGACCUUACACUUCUGUAAAGGUUGUGAGAGAUAUCUUCAGCCACCUGCCGAGUGGAUUCAUGCUACAUUGGAAUCGAAGGAACUCAUGUCAUUAUGUUUGAAGAAAUUAAAAGGAUUAAACCGUGUGAAAUUGAUAGAUGCUGGUUUUGUAUGGACAGAGCCACAUUCUAAGAGAUUAAAAGUAAAACUGACUGUCCACGGGGAAGCGAUUGGUGGUGUAGUUUUACAGCAAAUAUUUAUAGUGGAAUACAUCGUGAAUCAUCAGAUGUGCGACGAUUGCCACCGUACAGAAGCUAAAGAUUACUGGCGUGCAUCUGUGCAAGUUCGGCAAAAAGCAACAAACAAGAAAACUUUUUUCUACUUGGAACAACUUAUAUUGAAACACAAAGCACAUGAGCAAACACUUGGUAUAAAGCCCAUUCACGAGGGUCUGGAUUUUUUCUAUGCAAAUGAAGCCACAGCUAGGAAAAUGGUUGAUUUUCUACAAACGGUUAUACCGUGCCGUUAUCAGCAUUCGAAAAAAUUAUUAUCACACGAUAUUCACAGCAACAUAUACAAUUACAAAUUUACAUACAGUGUUGAAAUCGUCCCGGUCUCCAAGGACAGCGUGGUCUGCUUACCACGAAAAUUAACUCAACAGCUGGGUGGAAUCAGUCCUAUUUGUUUGGUAUACAGAAUUACGAACUCUGUGCAUCUUAUGGAUGUUUCAUCGGGGCAAAUUGCUGAGGUUAGCACUACUCUUUAUUGGAGACACGCCUUCAACAGUAUAUGCAAUCCGAAGCAAUUAACGGAAUACGUCGUGAUGGAUAUCGAGCCGAUAAAGCAUGAAGACAAAAAAAUUUUUCCAGGACAAGGAUCUGUCUCUAAUAAACACGUCAUAGCGGAUGUAUGGCUAGUGAAGGCAUCCGAAUUAGGAAUAAACGACAACUCAACUCACGCACGCACACAUUUAGGACACGUGCUUAAACCCGGUGAUUCCGUUCUCGGUUACGCUUUGAAAGAUAGCAAUAUUAAUGAUGCCAACUUCGAUAAAUUGAACGGUGAUACAAUACCUGAUAUCGUUCUGGUGAAGAAAUUCUACGGUUACGAUAAGGCUGCCCGUCGCAGAGCUAGAGUGUGGAAAUUAAAACAUAUUGCUGACGAGGUGAUCAGCAUGAGCACAGAAAAUAACGAAUAUAAUGAAUUCCUCGAUGAGUUGGAAGAAGACCCGGAAAUGAGACAGAAUAUCAACAUAUUUAGAGAUACGAGGAAACAAAUUCCCGUCGACACUAAUGAAAUAGAUCCAAGCAUUCCGCAGAUUACACUCGAAGAGAUGCUCGAUGAUCUUGUAAUCGAGGAUGUUGAAAUGACCGAAGUUUAUGAAUAAAAGUAUAUAUUUUGUAAAAUAACUUCUUUCUCGUAGCGAGCCUAAGAGGUUGUAUUCUCUAAAAAACAUAUCGCAGGAAUGCUUUUUUUUGCAAAGGCAUGAUCCCUUUGAAAUGUGUUAUAGUAAGUGUACAAGUUAUUGACAAUUGAAAAAUUACUUUUGCCGAUCCAAGCUGUUUGUUCGAUUAUCUGAUAAAUAUUAUCGUGUUGUCUUCUAAUAGCGAUAGAUACUUUUUGAUUAUAUGACAAUUCGUUAUCAAUAAAAGUGAUAAAGGUGAAAACAAUUGCU